UUGACGCAAGGAGUAGAGCGUCACAGAUGUCUCCAAACGCACAUUAAACUUUCACUGGCGCGCGGGAGGAUGAUCUGAAGGAGGCCUUUCCGAAGUUGCAGACCGUCGGAUUUUAAAAGGAGGAUGACAUUGGAGCCAACGGCAUCUUCUCUUUGGCAUAAACCGUCCGUUUAACCUCUUAAUUUAAUUUCCAUCCAGUCCAGCCAUCCCACAGUCUAUUGAAAGGUGAGGAUGGAGCGCGCACCCAGCGCCCCAAGUCCUCCUCCCAAAGCGGCCCAGCACGAACCCAUCAGCUUCGGUAUCGACCAGAUACUCAGUAACGGUGCUGACUCUGAGACCGGCCGGACCAGCAGCAGAUACGGUUCGGAUACAAGCAGUGGAGACGGUUACCGUUUGGGAAGCACAACUGGAGGGAGUGCUGCCACCUACACUGCGCUGUCCAUCUCCCUCUCCGGCAUGGUACCACAGUUAGAGGAUCCUGGUUUGUACGGAGUGAACCAUAGCCUGGGCAGCAGAGGAGUGAUCCGGGUGCCCGCUCACAGACCGUUGACUACCUCGGGGCCGCCGCACUUGACGAGCGCUGUACCCGGGUAUGGAGGCCUGUGUUACCCGUGGGUCGGGAAUAGGUUCGCCAAGGACAGGUUAUCAGCUCUCGUGCCAUUCACGGUGACCCGGCGAAUAGGUCAUCCAUACCAGAACCGCACGCCACCCAAACGGAAAAAGCCUCGGACAUCGUUCUCCCGUGUGCAGAUUUGUGAGUUGGAAAAGCGCUUCCACCGGCAGAAGUACCUCGCGAGCGCGGAGCGGGCCACCCUCGCCAAGAGCCUGAAGAUGACGGACGCGCAGGUCAAGACCUGGUUCCAGAACCGCCGGACCAAAUGGAGGAGACAGACAGCGGAGGAGAGGGAGGCUGAGCGGCAACAGGCCAAUCGGCUGAUCCUGCAACUGCAGGCCGACGCCCUCCACAAGUCCCUCAGCGAAUCAGCAGGCUCCGACCCACUGUGCUCACAUAACUCCUCCCUGUACGCCCUGCAGAACAUGCAGCCCUGGGCCGAGGAGAGGGAGUAGGAAGAAGUCUCCCCUAACCGCUGAUCCAGGGUCGCAUAUUUGUUCAUCCGUCCAAUUGGGAUGAUCUGAUCUGAUCCUAGAUGAUUUGUUGGUACCAAAAUGGAGGGUAUGGACAGUGUGAUGCCCCUUUGAGACUGUGUAGAGACUAGGUGUCUUAUGGGGCUACACCCUCAACCUGAAUGAGUGACUGUACUGUUGACAUUACACAAGCACCGUGACCAGUUUACACACGUGUUUUUACCCCUAUCUGGCCUUAUGUUACAUUCCACACUUUGACUCUAUGGCUAAAGACUGAGGUUGUAGACUAAAACUGACAGGGAAGGAUGGGAGGAGUGUGUGUGUACGGUAGAGGGAUAGAUAGAGGAGUGUAGGAGAGAGGGAGGAAGAGGGGGAGAGAGAGGGAGGAAGUGGACAGGGGGGAAGAAGGAUGCAUGUAAUGUUGGUAAUACAACUAAAACACACAUCCUCAAAUGUUUCAUUUGGGACACAUUUCCUAUGAGGAUGUAAAUGUUUCAUAAUUUGUACUUGGGAUGUAUAGAUAUGUAAAUAACGAUAUAACCUCUUCACUUGAGAACACUUUG